AUGAUUUCAGAUAUGUCUGAUGAGAAUUUAAUAAACUUUGCUAUGGAUGCUAAAGACCCCUGGCAGUUCAUGGCCAAGGUACAGUGGAACACAUGUGAUGAAUACAAAUUGGUUCCAAUAAGUCAAGAUGCUUCUGCAAGUGCCUAUCAGAUCAUGAGUUUUUUAUUUCUUAAUGUAGAUAUGGCUAUGAAAACUAAUCUUAUACCCAACUAUAAUGGUCUAAUCAGAUAUUUCUACAAAGAUCUUCUCUGUGAAUUAAAAAAUUAUUUGUCUACUAAAUAUCUGGAGUCAGAAACCCUGAUGGAGAUGAUUUUCUAUAAGUUAGAUAGAAAACUGAUCAAAAGCCUCUUCAUGCCUAUGGUAUAUGGGAAGACCCAGAACAAUAUGGCUAAUGAUAUUUGUCUCCAAUAUGGAAAACCAAUAACCGGAAAGCAAUGCCAUGAAAUCGCUAGUCAUUGCCUUAAAUUCUUUAAAGAAGUAUAUAAAGACAUAUAUGAUUUAAUGAGGAUGCUUAACUUCUUUAGUUGGAUUACUUCGGUACAUGAUAGACAUGUUCUCCAUAGUAUACCAUAUUUCACUACAAAACAGGAUUAUAAGCAUUUUAAAACAGAAGAGAUUUUUAUAUAUGACAAAGAUAAGAAAAGAAAGAAACGAAAAGUUAUUAUAUGGGUCCCAUCCGAUGAUAGAGACCACAGAAAAACAAAAGUAGCAGCUUGCGCUAACUUCAUUCAUCAGAAAGAUGCAUUUAUUGCAAUGAAAGUUGUUGAAAAAUUAUUGAUUAUAGGUGCACCUAUAUAUACCGUACACGACAAUUUUAUAAAUAAACCUCCUUACGUAAGAUUAGUUCCAAAAAUAUAUACUGAGGUCUUUAAUACAUUGGAGCAUCCUGUUACAAUUAUAAAUGAUUUUCUAAGACUUAAUAUUCUCAAUACCUACUUAAUUGAAAAGGAAGAAUUACCCUGGGAAGAAGAUCAUAGAUAUAUGUAUGAGCCUAUACCUCAAACUCUGCUAGAGGAAAUCUUGUAUUCAAAUAAACCACUUAAAGAAAGUAAACCGUCAUGGUCAAAGAAAGUUAAGGAGCAUGUGAAGUAUUACACAGAUUAUACAGCUAUUGUAGGAUACCCUCAAGAGCAUGGAGAUGCAAAGUGGAAUGAAUUCAAGAAACAACUAGGGGUCAUGGAAAGUAAUUUCAGCAUUCAUUACUAA